AUGGAUCACAAGGCUAGAGGUGUGUUUCAUGUAAAUGUAUCCCGGGAAUGCAGGAGCAGCAAUGGAAGCAGCAGUGGAAACAGCAGCAGUAGUAAAAGAAGCAGCAAUGAGUCACUCUCACGAUCCACUGAUAGUUCUUCCGCACCACAAGUAGUGGAGUCCAGUUCUCCUUCCACUGGCAUUUAUGAACCGGCGGAUGACGCGGAAAGUUCUUCCACGUGGGGAAUUCACGAAAUGGCGUCUCGUGUAGAGCAAGAGCAUGAAGAAGAAGAACAACAACAACAAAAAGAAGAAGAAGAAAAACGCCAAAAGGAAAAAGAAGAAGAAGAACAGCAACAACAACAACAACAGCCACUUCUAAGCACGCCUUGUACUUCUCCACCGCUGAGUUUGCGUGGUGAUUCAUCCUCCGUUAUCGUCUCUGGUCAACACUCACCGCCUCGCGUUCGUCCCACAAGUGAACUUCCACCCACAAAGUCUGUGGGAGACGUACCGCACAGUGCCCCUACAGCUGUGAAACCAGGCGAGAAGAUUUGCCAUGAUAAUAGACUUUCAUUUGAGUCACCAAUGCAGUCACAGAUAUCUUCACAUCCACCUGUUUUUCCCAGUUCUACCUCUGAUCCUCUUGUGACAUCAAGCAUAGCCUCGCCAUAUCCAUCCCCCACUCCAAAAAUAACUAGACCAACAACAACUGAAAGAGUAACAGAUAUUCAAAAUUCCUUACAAGGUGCCCAAUGUACAGUUUGUUCCUUAUGUGGUGUGACGGUUCUUCAGAUGGGAACAUUUGAAGAGCAAGAGAAACAAUAUAGGGAACAUGUAGAAUCGUGGGUACAUCAAAAAAAUGAUGAAAUGCGAACCUUACUUGAGCGUGGAGGAAGAGGUUUUUCUACAAAGAAAAGUGUAGGUGACAACACCUCAAUAUCACCUACAAAACUAAAAUCAUUUGAUGAAUUGGCGAUAUCACCCAUUAAAUUUACUUCUAAAAAUGUCAAACAUGUAAAAACUUCAACAUUACGUGAAAACUACGCUCAUUUUUUGAGAGAAGGAACGCGAACUGAAGUGGUGAAACCGAUAGUUUCACCACCAUUAACUUUUUCACCCAUCUUACACUCUAGAGAAGGUACAACCUCGCAUGUUCAAAAAGAACUAUUCUGUGAACAUAGCCACCAAAGUGUACCUGGAAAUGAAGAAGAAACUAGAUACUGCACUUGUGAGAAUGAUCCAGUCACUGUGAAGGAAAAAGUAAAACCAAGAGUGGAGCCUGAUAAUGAGAAACACCUGUUACCAAAUCAAGGAGCUGGCAGUAGAAAGAACAGUGAUGAUGCCCACUCAAAGAAACAAUCCCAUGAAAUAAGUAGCAGUUCUGGUAUGUUCCCCAAUAAUGAUAUCUCAAACGAAGACCUUCUAAAGAAAGAAAGACAGAUGGAACGGAAACUCGAUAAAUAUAUGAUCAAAAAAGAGCGAUAUCAGUUGUUGUUGUGUUUUCGUCGUUGGUUUAAUCUUAUGUUUGUACGUGUAAUGGAUAAUUCUAGUCCUUUACGUGUACGUGCCGAUUUGAGAGAACAGAUGAAAAAGAAAUUCGAGGGACAAAAUGUCCCAUCCAGCGGCUCUGAAACUACUGAGAGUCAUCGUAGCGCUGAUUCUGCCACCCCAAAACAACCUGUUGAGGGUCAGGAGAAAAAGUCAGAGUUGCGAAGGCCAAGUAAAACAACAACUACCACUACGGCUCGGACAGAGCCAUUCAUGGAAACUCACGUAAGGGAAUUUUCAUGUGUAAAUGAAGGUUCCUCUUCAGAUAAUCUAAAAGAUAAAGAGUGUACCACGGAUGUGAGUUGGUAUAUCCACCCUGCUUCCCACCGAAAAAAUACCUCGAAGAAGGUAGAAAAGAGAAGAGGUUCUCAGACAUCCCCAUUGAUGGAUGAAAAAAGUGUUGCCGAUAUCCUUGCGACACUCUCUCCAUCAUUGCGUGAACGAGUGGGAACACUGUUUCAAACAGAGACGCCGCACUCUUCUACAUUUCCAAAGGCCUCAUGUGCUCUCUCACAACUUCAUUCAUCUGCCAUACCACCACAAUCGUCUUCAUGGACAUCUUUUAAUGUGGGUGGAAGCCACAGAAGUUCUUCCGGGGCUCCAAUUCCCUGUUCCAUUCCGACUGGGUUGGAGGUGGCGGCAGAUGUUAGGGAGAGGAAUAGAGAGGAGGAACAGGGAGACGUUAAAGAAGAAAAGGUAAAGGGUCAUAAUCAACACGAAGAACCACGGUCACAACAUCAUAACCAUCACCAUCACCAUCAUCAUCAUCAUCAUCAAAAACACGAAGAAUAUCAAACUUAUUCGGCUUCCCAAGGUGAGGCAAUGAGAGCAAAGGAUUUGUCAGCAGCAGGCAUUCUGCCAAGAAAUUCUGCGACAUCAUCAAGCAACCAAAAAGAAGUACAUCAAUUGCGUAAAGAAGCAGAUCAGAGAGAAGAGAACGGGCAGCCAAAGGUACCAGGAGUAGCUGAAGAUGUUAAACAUGCUACUACUAGAAUGAUAGACCGCUCAAACAGAAAUCCUUUUGCUUAUGAGAACGAUAAUCAUCCCUCUGGUAAUCAAGGGGAGUAUGGUCGAGGUCAAGGAGAGAGGAUUUUCAUAGAUAAACGACGCCAGUGGCGGCCGCAUUCACCAUCACCUCGACAUCCAGGUGGUUUGGAGUGCGGGAGAGGAACAUCAUUUGGUGUGAACUCAUCUAUGAGAGGAAGAGGUGCACAAACACCAAUGAUGGGAAGAAGAGAAAAGGAAGAAAGACAUCCGUCCAUACUAAAGAAUAAGGAUGCCUUGAACCAUGGUUCUAAAUCCGAAAAAUUUAGAGGUAUUCCUGGGGAGUAUUAUAUUUAUUACAAAGGGUCAUACCACCAUCUACGAGAUCCAGCAUCUGAGAUACAUUACGAUGUAAAUGGGAGACGGAUGCCAAUAUACUUUGUUCGUCGUUCUAUGUCACCUUCAGUUUCUCCUAUGCGUGGCCGUUGGUUUUCAUUAACACGCCCGCGUAGUCCUCUUGGUCCUAGUCGUCUUAACCCAUACUGUGCUGUAUGUGUUGCACGGUAUAAUCUUGUACUAGUGGAUGAAAGUAUGCAGCCUUUGAGAAACUCCCCACAGCGACUUCCACACACGAGAAAUGAUGGUGUUAAUACAUCUCACUGUUGUAGAACUCGUUCAGGCAGACGAUCAACACCUGCCAAAACUGUGCCCCGUCACACAACACCGUGUUCCUUUUCAGAAGAAUUAGGUCCUUGGAACCGUGUGAGCAAAUUACAAGCACAUAACUGCCAACAUUUUUCACCAGCAUCGAUGGGGAACCCUAGACGCUCUAAUUCUCAAAGAAUCAUUCCUGUAUAUUCUACAUCUCAGAGAGUAUCGGAACCUAGCAGUGCCACCCCAUCACCACCACAGCGAAGAGUAGACGCCGAAAUGCAGAGAAGUCGCCAUGAUAAGAGCAACACUCUCCGAAAUUUUUCUCCAGAAGAAGAGAGUUGGCUUAUGCGACAGGAACGACGACUACGACGACGAAUGAAGUCACUUAUCUGGCGUGAACUACCGCAACGUCGUGGUGGUCGUGAAUGGAAAGAAUAUCUCAGCUCACUUAAUGAGGUGGUGCAAAUGCUGGAGACGCUACGUGAGGGAGAAAACCUAGAUAGAUAA